AAGCCUAAAACUGUAGCGUUGUGCAUCUCCCUUGAUCACCCUACUCGUCUCUGUGGAUUGCAAUAUCCGAAUUACCUGUCGAUAAGCACGGUUGCUGUACUAAGGAUUAUCGCAAAUAAAGUUUCUUAAAUCAUUCCAAAAGUACCCGCAGCAGAUAUGUAGUUGAAAAAUUUGUUACUCAGAACAGCAACUCCUCACCGUACACUCUAACCCAUAACUGCCCAUAACGACACACGUGCUUCUAGUAUUUACUUCGCUGCUGUUGUGGAACGAGAAUAAUAAGUUGCAAGCAGAAGGAAAGAAGCGGUUUUAGUAUUUAACGAAAUUGUAUCUAAAUAGUUGGAAGUUAUGGGAAAGAAAAGAAAAAAUCUUGAGGAGCAAGAUGAGCAUGAAUUUGAUCCAUCUCCAAAACACCUUCAGAUUGCUCACAUAAAGAACCAAGAGAAACGUCUUAUCAUCAUUUUGGAUCAGGCACAACUAGAAUCUGUGAAGGUGGGAAACAGUUUUGAAUUAUUGAAUUCCGAUGAUCAUGUUGGUAUUCUUAAGAAGAACAACAGAGAUCCUGGUACAUGCAGACCAGAUAUAGCUCACCAAUGUUUAUUAAUGCUCAUGGACAGUCCACUGAAUAGAGCUGGUUUACUACAAGUUUACAUUCAUACAGAAAAAAAUGUUUUAAUUGAAGUGAAUCCUCAAACAAGAAUACCGAGGACAUUUAAACGGUUUGCUGGACUUAUGGUCCAACUACUUCAUAAAUUCAGUGUGAGAGCAUCAGAUGGACCUAUGAAAUUACUAAAAGUAAUUAGAAAUCCUGUAACAGAUCACUUGCCAGUGGGAUGCCCUAAAAUUGCUAUGUCAUUUAGUGCAAACCGUGUUCAAAAUCCUAGAGAACUUGUUCUAAAGGAUGAACCAAUUGCAAUUGUCGUUGGUGCAAUGGCACAUGGAGCAGUAAAUCCAGAUUAUGCUGAAGACACCAUUUCAAUUAGUAACUACCCGCUAUCAGGUGCUUUGACGUGUAGUAAAUUGUGUACAGCUUUUGAAGAAGUGUGGGGAAUAGUUUAAAUAAAUUUUAUACUUAUUUGAA